UCACAGCCCUAUAAGAGCACGGGGCUCCUCGGGCGGCCAACAGCAGAGCGAUGGAGCAGCGUGGAGUGGCCGUGGCCAUAGGGCCCGCAGUGCUGGCCACCACCUUCCUGUGCGCCGUGACCUCCGCCCCCGACACCUGUCCAGAGGUGAAGCUGGUAGGUCUGGAGGGCUCCGACAAGCUCUCCAUCCUCCGAGGCUGCCCGGGGCUGCCUGGACCCGCAGGGCCCAAAGGAGAGGUAGGCGCCAAUGGACAGAAGGGAGAGCGAGGUUCUCCCGGAGUCCCUGGGAAGGCAGGGCCGGCCGGGCCCAAAGGUACCAAAGGAGACCGAGGGGAAAAGGGCGCAGGCGGAGAGAAAGGAGAGCCGGGGCAGCUUCAUUCCUGUGCCACAGGACCUCGGACCUGUAAGGAGCUGCUCACCAGGGGACACUUUCUGAGCGGCUGGUACACCAUCUACCUGCCCGACUGCCGGCCCCUGACCGUGCUGUGUGACAUGGACGUGGACGGCGGGGGGUGGACCGUUUUCCAGCGAAGGAGCGACGGCUCUGUGGACUUCUACCGGGACUGGGCCGCGUACAAGCAGGGCUUCGGCAGCCAGCUGGGAGAGUUCUGGCUGGGGAAUGACAACAUCCACGCCCUGACCGCCCAGGGAAGCAGCGAGCUGCGGGUAGACCUCGUGGACUUUGAGGGCAACCACCAAUUUGCCAAGUACCAGUCAUUCAAGAUGGCGGGUGAGGCAGAGAAGUACAAGCUGGUCCUGGGAGCCUUUGUCGGGGGCAGUGCAGGUGAUUCCCUGACGUCCCACAACGACAACGCCUUCUCCACCAAAGAUCAAGACAGCGACAAAAAUACUGCCAAUUGUGCCGUGCGGUACCAGGGGGCCUGGUGGUACAAGGAUUGUCAUGUGUCAAACCUGAACGGUCGCUACCUUGGGGGGCCCCACGAGAGCUUUGCAAACGGCAUCAACUGGAGGUCAGGGAAGGGGUACAACUACAGCUACAAGGUGUCGGAGAUGAAGGUGCGGGCCACCUAGGGCGGGGCCGGCCGGCCAGAGCCUCUGGGAGCAGCUCCCUCUGCACACAGCCCGGCGGGGCAGCCGGUCCAGAGCCCUCCCCAGGAAGGUGACGCGGACCUCCGUGUCACUGUCGUCACGGGAGCAGCAGAGCCGCAUCCUGUCCCCUGGGCAGGAGGCCCUCUCUCUGUGCCUCCACUGACUUCCAACCCUUCUGUCCCACUCACGAGGAUAAGAGGAAAUGCUAAUGCAGAUCUUGCCAGACGUACAUGUUCUCAAUAAAGACACUUGCUUACCCGACAGCAGGCGCGGGACUCCUUCGUCACUUCCAUGCUCUGACCUGCGCCCCUGUCUGUCCAUCUGUCCCCGUGACCUGGCUCUGCAGCUGCCCUUUGGGCUGAAGGUGUUUCCGAUGGUCUGAGGCCAGAGUCACAGAGCAGGGCCCGCACGUGGGGCUGCGUACCAGUCAAGUGUCACUCUCCCUGCCGGGCCAGGCCGCUGUCUGCCUCCAGGCAGUUUUCGAGCUCAGGCUGAGUAGAGGGCCAGAGGCCGAGCCACAUGACCACACAUCCUGAAGUCUUUACUCUCAGCCCUUCAAGAAAGUGUCCUCUGACCCCAGGCUCAGAGGUGACGUGGCCUGCGCAGGCCCAGCCUCCCGGCCCCAGCUAGUCCACACCGCCCAGGCUCCUGGGCCCCCACUGUCCACAAAGGGUGAUGGCGGGCUGGGAAUCCCUCGCCACCAACAAAGAAGGAAGUGGGAGAGGAGCGGCUGGGGCUGCUCGGAGCGCUGCAGGAGAGGGGAGGGUGAUCUCAGUGCACAGCGCCCUGCAGCUGCACCAGCACAGACCUGCAGGCGGGGAGACUCCCGCUCUCCAGGCAGCCGUCUCUGAGAGACACGCCAGUGCCCUCCGCACCUGUACUUGUGUCUGCCGAGGAGGGUCCCGCUCUCUCCUCCA